UAUUACAGUGGGAAUGACAGUUCUGAUUUUAUAUCAUUACGCCAAACCAUAUGAGCGUGGUUUUUUCUGCAACGACGAGAGCCUCAAUCAUCCUUUCCACAUAUCUACGGUCACGAGUCCAAUGCUCUACGUCACCGGUGUUUUCCUUCCAAUAUGUACGAUACUAUUAUUUGAAUAUAAUUAUUCAAAGAAUAUACCCGAUACUUCGUCGCUUGUAAUCUUUGGUUACACUAUACCGCUUUGGGUGUACAUGGCUUAUUCAAAGAUCGGCGUAUUUGGUUUUGGAGCUGGCAUUACCGCUCUUACAACAGAUAUAGCCAAAUACACAGUAGGCCGUUUGCGGCCACAUUUUAUGACUCUUUGCAAGCCGAAUAUCGAUUGUACGCAGGCAGAAAACCAGCAUCGAUAUUUUGAGAAUUUCACUUGUACAGCAAUAGGCGUAUCAGACAAACUUUUGAAGGAACUUAGACUAUCCUUUCCGUCAGGACAUUCAUCUUUUUCAGCGUAUACAAUGAUCUAUCUAGCACUGUAUUUGCAAUUGAGAUUAACAUGGAAAGGUAGUAAAUUACUUCGACAUUUCUUGCAAUUUAUUUGCAUAAUGAUGGCGUGGUUUACAGCGAUGACUCGAAUUUCGAACUAUAAACAUCAUUGGAGUGAUGUGCUUGCUGGUUCUACUAUUGGCACAGUCAUCGCUUUUAUCAUGGUUUUUGUUGUAGCCGAUCUAUUUAAAGAACAACGAUUGGCUGGUGGCUGUACAUAUAAACAACAGCAAAGCGAGGAAAAAACGACAGAAUAUGAGGGCGCCGCUCCUUCGCACCACAUGCAGGUGAAUAAUGGCACGGACAAUCGCAUUUGCUGACUUAAUAAGUUCGCUCUUUGCUUGCUACCACUCGAGGGCUCUUAAAUUUGUGCGCAUCGACCCGAUCAUUAGUGUGUACCCGACUGAAUUCCAUCUUUUUAUUUCCGUUGAUAAUGUCAGGAUACAAUAAUUUAUUUAUUUGUGAACAUUUAACCAUGGGAAAAGCUUAUUGUAUAAAGUAACCGAUUUGCAUUUAGACGUUAGCUAAUUCCUAUGGAAUCAUUCGUUCAAGCAAUAAUGUAUGCUCUUGUGUUUGUACACUUGCUUCAUUUAUUCAACAAUUAAUAUAUUCCAAUUCUUGAAUUAAGCUUAAAAAGUGAUGUAUACAUUAUAUUAAGAAAUAUUUAGAGCCUGCUUGAAGCUUUUCAAAAAGUUUUAAACUAUUCAUUU